AGAAUGAGCACAGUAGGUGUCACUGCUUUCAGCCUGGGUAGUGUAGCCAGCUUUGUGCUAAGCUGAGCCCCUCAGCCACUGCCCAGGAACCGGUGAGUGUCACUGCCUAGGGGCUCCAGGACAGCACAGGAGACCCUCUGGAGGAGGGGUGCACAAGUGAAAGAGGAGAAAGAAGAUGGAGACAAAUCAUUCUCCACAGGAAGCCAGGAAGCACCGCGUGGCCCCUGCGCCCAGCCAUCGCCUGCUCAUCGAAGAUGCUAACAAAGGAGAGAAAGCCCCUGCCAUGGUGGCUGAGAACAACCUCUGCAGGCAGUAUGAGGAGAAGGUGCGGCCCUGCAUCGACCUCAUCGACUCUCUGCGGGCCCUGGGCGUGGAGCAGGACCUGGCCCUGCCCGCCAUCGCUGUCAUCGGGGACCAGAGCUCGGGCAAGAGCUCCGUGCUGGAGGCUCUGUCGGGAGUCGCCCUCCCCAGGGGCAGCGGCCUUGUCACCAGGUGUCCUCUGGAGCUGAAGCUGAAGAAGCUGAGGCCGGAAGAGGAAUGGAGAGGCAGCAUCAGCUACAGGGGCAAAGAGGAGGCCAUCCCCGAUGCUUCCAAGGUGGAAGACGCGAUCCGCCAAGCUCAGGAGGAGAUCGCUGGGCCGGACGAGGGAAUCAAGGACGAGCUCAUCAGCCUGCUCAUCAGCUCCCCUGAUGCCCCGGACCUCACGCUGAUCGACCUCCCCGGGAUCACCAGGGUGGCUAUCGGCGCCCAGCCCUGGGAUAUCGGUAACCAGGUCAAGCAGCUCAUUAUGAAUUACAUUGAGAAGGAGGAGACCAUCAACUUGGUGGUGAUCCCCAGUAACGUGGAUAUCGCCACCACGGAGGCCCUGCGCAUGGCGCAGGAAGUGGACCCCAAAGGGGACAGGACCAUAGGAAUCCUGACGAAACCUGACCUGGUGGACAAAGGUGCGGAGGACAAGGUGUUGGAUGUGGUGCACAACCUGUCGUGUCCCCUGAAGAAGGGCUACAUGGUGGUCAGGUGCCGUGGGCAGCAGGACAUCCAGGAGUGUCUGAGCCUGGCUGAGGCCCUACAGAAGGAGCGCUCCUUCUUUGAGGACCACGAACAGUUCAGGGGGCUGCUGGAGGAUGGAAAGGCCACCAUCCCUCGCCUGGCAGAGAGGCUGUCCACCGAGCUCAUCGCGCACAUUUGUAAAUCUCUGCCGAUGCUGGAAAAUAGAAUAAGGGAGCAGCACCAGAAAACAAUGGAGGAGCUGCGGAAGUACGCCUCGGACAUCCCAGAGAAUGAACACGAGCAAACCUUCUUCCUGAUAGAGAAAAUCAAAGCAUUUAAUCAGGACAUCAGCGCUCUGGUUGAGGGGGAGGAAAGUGUGGGUGUGGAAGACCCCCGGCUGACUGCCUGCCUCCGACAGAAGUUCGAACAGUGGGAUUCCAUGAUCAAGGACCACUUUAAGAAAGGUUAUGGGGGUUUACAAAGAGAUGUCCAGAAAUUUGAAAGCCACCAUCGUGGCAGAGAGCUGCCUGGGUUUGUGAACUACCGGACAUUUGAGACCAUCGUGAAAAAGCUCCUCCAGGGCCUGGAGGACACGGCCGUGGCCCUGCUACACCAGGUCACGGAUCUGGUUCGCAACGCCUUCACAGCGGUUUCUGAAAAGAACUUCAGCGAGUUUUUAAAUCUGCAUAGUACUGCCAAGGACAAGAUCGAAGACCUCCACCUGGCCCAAGAAGAAGCGGCCGAGGCGGCCAUUCGCAUUCACUUCCAGAUGGAGCAGGUCAUCUACUGCCAGGACCAGGUGUACCAAGGUGCACUGCAGGAUGUCAGGCAGAAGGCAGCAGCGCCCCAGAUGCAUGUCACGUUCCGCUUGCCUUCCAAGGAGUCUGCGACGUCUGAGGUGUCUGCAGCGUCCGAGAUUCUCCAGCACUUAAAAGCCUACUGCAAGGAAGUCAGAGACAACCUGGGCAGGCAGAUCCCCCUGAUCAUCCAGUACUACACCCUGCACCUGUUCAGCCUGCGGCUGCAGAACGCCAUGCUGCAGCUGCUGCAGGACCAGGAGGUGUACGCCUGGCUCCUGACGGAGCAGACCAGCGCCAGGAAGAAGAGGAAGGUCCUGAAGGAGCGGCUGGAGCGACUGGGCCAGGCCCGGCGCCAGCUCGCCAGGUUCCCGGCUUAACCCAGGUCCCAGGCACGGAGCAGGAGGCCCCAGGCUCUCCAGAGGGUCUCUAUGGUGUGAGGGACUUGCUCAGCAGACGCUCCGAAAGCAGAGGUCAAGGUGCACUCUCUGCUUUUUACGCAGUAGCUCAUGGGGACCAGCAGGAGUGGGGACAGCAACUAGAUUUCCAGUCCGAAGAGCUCAGAGCUCACCCUGGCAGCCUAACUGUGCCCUAGGCUCACUAGGCUCCAUGAGGCAAUUUUAGAUGGCUCCUUCCAUUUUCCAGCCUAAGCCCCACCCUUCCCAGCCCCUCCACUUGCCACCCUCCUGAUCUGCUAAUAAAUCUUGCUGCCUGGA